AUGAGCAACGGGAGCCAACAUUCUGAUAUGUCCGCAGAGGAACAGCUCACUCCUACGAUAAGGCGAGAAAAUGAACGCCGCAACGUCUUCGAGGACGUCGUUGCAGAGGAGAAUGUAUUCCAAUUUGUUGGCUCUACAAAGGGGCAUACAACGACCGCAAGAUCAAUCAUAGCGAAAGCAUACGCGACCCAGUGUUUAGGGGAUGCGUCCGAAACCACAAUCCAGCAAAUUUCAAAGGACCGCAUCGGAAUCACGGCGAAGAAACAACCUCCUCAUCACCACCAACAACAACAACAACAGACAAAAAUUUUCGAUGGGCCCGGUCGCACGGUCGCUCUGUAG